AUGGACCAUGCCGUUGUGCAGAAGUGGCUGCGUAGCGUCCUCGGCCCAUACACGGACCGCGACCGAGUCUUUGCCGAUGUCGACCGCGCUUUGAUAGCCGUUUCUUCCCUCUCACCGAAGACGGAGGUCUUCACUUUCAACGAUGGCAGAACGCAGCUGCUCGUCAACCUGGAAGGUACAAUCCCAGUUGACUUUCGCAACACCACGUACAACAUCCCCGUAGCUUACUGGAUUCCACGAGACUAUCCUCGCGAACCACCCAUGGCUUUCGUUGCGCCCACCCCGGACAUGGCCAUCCGCAAGGGACCCAAUGUCGACCCGAGCGGAGAGAUCGGCGGAGACUACCUAAAGCGGUGGCGAAGUAAGCCGGAAGCAUGCAACCUGCUCGACCUGAUUCACGACUGUCAGCACAUGUUUGGUCGUGAACCUCCGGUCUAUGCAAAGCCGAAGCCUACACCCGUCUAUGCCACUGCUGCCUCAUCUUCGCCCUUUGCGGCGCAUCAGCAGCAGCGCUCCCAGCCCUCGACACCGCAGCGCCAUGCUAGCACCUCGAGCGACCUGGCAGCACAGCGCAUGGCACAUGGAGCUCCGCCGCCAAUGCCUGCAUCACCGCAGUCACCGCAAGUAACAGCUGGCCCCUCUUUUCAUAAUCAGAGCUCGCAUGAUCCGCGACAGAAACCUCCUCCUCCAGCACCUGGCACACCGUCCGCCGUGCAAGAUGCACACACACCUCAUCGGCCUCCUAAACCACCCUCCUCUUCUGGUCCGGAUGGUGGCUACGCACCGAGUCCUCGUCCGCAGAGUUUUGCGGCACCCGGUGAUCAGCAUGGCUGGUCGUUGCAUGCAAGGGAAGUCCAAUCGCCACAACAUAACGGAACUCCACGCUUCGCUUCCGAGGAAGCGCCAAGGCGCUCAUCAGGAGCAGGCUUGGCCCCGCCGGGCUUCGGACAUCCUUCUCAAUGGGCCGGUCCAAACGCGGCACAACACGCACCUCAAUCGCCGCACUCUCCCACGAAUUCAGCGCCAUGGCAGCAGGGGACGCCCGACCGUCAGCAGGGCCCACAGCCACACCGUCACAGCUCGCAGCACUAUCCUCCGCAGCAUCAGCAUCCACAUCAUCCACAGCAACAGUUGCCCCAUCAACGCUCUCAUACAUAUCCUUACCCAACGACGGACUUGCAUCCCGGACCACAUCCUUCUCACGCCGGUGCUCCGAUUUCGGGACAGAGAUACGUGCAGCGAAACGGGAACGUCCAUUCCCAACAUACAGUGGGGCCACCACAAUCGCAAUCGCAAGCAUCGCCUGUACCUGGUGCGCAUGCAUACCAGCAGUCUUCCAGUGCCCAACUCGGCACAUCCUCAAAUGGCGCGAACGGAUAUCGAGACACGCCACAGCCUGCUCUUGCACCCAAGCCGAAAGGCGUCAACCUGUUGGAUGACGAAGAAGCCGACACCGCCAGCGCGUCCUCUCCUAGUGCUGUGGGCCAUGGUGUGGGACAGCCGAGAGACCCAGGUGUACCACCACCACCACGACCCAUGAAUCCGGAGUUGCUGGCAUUGCACGAUCGAGUGUUCACCAAGAUCGAUUCACGACUCUCGAGCCUCGCCUCGACGCUCUCCGCCUCGAACGCGAGACUCGAAGUUCUCUCUUCCGACUUGGACCGCGGUUUACCCGCCAUUGAAGACGAGAUGUCGCGGCUUAAAGCGGUACGUGACGUAUGCCAGAUCACUGGCGACCGACUCGAUUCGUCCGUGAACGAGAUAACAGAAUCAUUGCGAUCUAUCCAAGCUAGGGAAGACCCGGAUCCGGACAGCAUGGUGUUAGCUACGAGCAUCGUGGGCAAUCAAUUGGUGGAUCUGGUAGCGGAAGACAAUGCGAUUGAGGAUACGCUGUAUCAUCUGGGUAGAGCGUUGAAUGCCGAGAGGCUGGAUCUGGAGAGGUUCUUGAAGCAGACGAGGAUGUUGGCGCGAGAACAGUUUAUGAAGAGGGCUCUGGCGAUGAAGAUCUCAGACGGGAUGGGGUGGGCACAGUGA